GAGAUGAAUCUUCGAGACUUUGAUCGACACGAUAUAUGUAGUUACAGUUUGUCACUCGCACUUGGAGAUGGCGACUUAUUGCGGAAGAUCGGAGUUCACAGUUAAUUAGUGUGAAGAAAAACGUCAAAACCAUUUAUGAGGUCUGAGAACAUUACAAUACAUGUGAAGUACUAAUUGUUGUGGAUGAAUUGUAAAUGGAUAGUAUGUUAUAUAAGUUUCAUAUCUACUAUAGCUACUAGUCUGCUUCUCUCGACAUAACUUGCAUUGAUUUGACUAUCGACUUGGUUGUUGAUUAAACCGAUCAUUUUCAUAUACACAUGUUUUUUUUAUUAAUUUCUGGUUAGUAGAUUGUUCGAAGUAGCAACCCUCCCCUGUGAAUAUAUAGGCUUAAUAGUUAAUAUACAAGGGUUUCUUUUCGUUUUAGAAGUAUAUAUUUCAAUUGGUACCAUUAAAAGGUUUGUGAAAGGAGCAUUUACUUUAAAAUUAUUAGAGAAAAUGUGGAGUAUAGCCCUAUGUUUGAAAUAAAAGAAAUGAAAGGAGUCAAGAAACAUAGUAAAAGUCAAUGGUCAAGGUAAAAAGAACAUAGAAUUUAUAAAACAUAGGGUUUUUGUUUUAUGCAUCUCCUACACAACAUCUGUAUACCUAAUUCGACCGGGGCUGAUAUGACAUUUUAUUCAUCAAAACCCUCUUUUCGUAAAGCAAAUAAACAGUUCCUCUUUACAUAUCAAACAACGACCAUUUGAAAAAGUGUGAUCCUUUAAAUUCAAUGAUUUUAUUUUCUCUCUUUUUUCGUGUUUGGAUAAUCUUUUAACAAAAAUAAAGGCCCCCGGCACGCACUAUAACUCUAUAAGUAAACCCAUAGAAGACUUAUUGGGCCUCGUGUAACCUAUAAAGGUACUUACUCUUUUUGUUGGGCCGGCCUCGUGUAAACUAUAAAGGCACUCAACCUCUCUCUCUUCCCGCUUUCACAGAACAAGAAACAAUGGGGAUAUCCGAAAUGCAGAAGAAGAAGAAGAUCCAGAGAAAGAAACUGCAUGAAGAAGAGAAGAUUCUUUCAGAGGAGAUAGAACGAUUGAUGGAACUAGCGGUGGAAGAGUUUCAAGAACUCGAAACGGAGAAAGCGGACGAGAUGGUUUUGCUAAUGAAGUGUCCACCAAGGGUCGACAAGGCGUGGCGCCAACUUUCUUCUUCGUAUUCUUCUCAGGAACUUGUUCUUGUGGCGAAGUAUAGAGAGUCCGUCGAUCUCUUGCUGCCAGAUUUGUCGCCUGAGUUGAGAAUGGAGAUGGCUAGUGCUGAGCUAUGUAACAUUUCGAAGCUCUAUUCUGUAAACAAAUCCAAAGACUUUGUUGGUCCAGUGAGUCUCUUCUCCGAAUCAAAUCAAGGUAAGCUUGCGGUGGAAGGAACGGUGACGCAUAAACUCGAUAUGAGACCCCAUGAUUGCAUUGAAGAAUACGGAAAGCUUUUACGUCAGAGGAACAAGAAACCUGUGGCUGAAAAUAGACGUAUUCAGGUUAUUGAUGAUCGCCGUGGAGAACACAUGAUGCCCAAGCCUCCAUUGGUAACAGAGAAGCUUAAACGAAGGGAAAAGAGGACUAGAAGCGACCGUAGUGAGGUGGAAGCAAAAAUGUUCCAACUGUUUGAAAGAGAACCGAAAUGGACACUGAGACAGCUUGUUAUAAAAAUCAACCAACCAGAGAUAUUCUUGAAAGAGAUACUCAAAGAGCUUUGUGUGUAUUCAAGGAGUGGUCAUUCUUACGAGCUUAAACCAGAAUACAAGAGGAGUACUUAAGAAGGCACAACUGGGGUUCAGUAAACAGGCA